AUGGGGAACUGCAGCUCUUGCUGUGGAAACCGAUCGGACGGUUACAAUGAAGUCCCCCAACUAGCUGAGAGUGAAAGGGAGGCCGUCUCGGAUCUUUUGCAAUACCUUGAGAACCGAGCCGAAACAGACUUCUUCACCGGAGAGCCGCUCAGGGCACUUAGCACCCUUGUAUACUCGGAUAAUGUCGACCUCCAGCGCAGUGCCAGUCUGACCUUCGCUGAAAUAACAGAGAGAGAUGUCCGGGAAGUUGAUAGAGAUACCCUGGAGCCGAUAUUAUUCCUUCUGCAGAGUUCCGAUGUCGAAGUUCAAAGGGCUGCCAGCGCAGCCUUGGGAAACCUGGCCGUCAACACACAAAACAAGGUCUCGAUCGUUCAACUCGGUGGCUUACCACCUCUGAUACGACAAAUGAUGUCCCCGAAUGUGGAGGUUCAAUGCAAUGCUGUUGGAUGUAUCACCAAUCUCGCCACUCACGAAGAUAACAAGGCCAAGAUCGCAAGAUCCGGAGCCCUCGGUCCUCUUACCAGGCUCGCCAAAUCAAAAGAUAUGCGCGUCCAGCGUAAUGCUACUGGGGCUCUCCUAAAUAUGACACACUCCGACGACAACAGACAGCAACUCGUUAGCGCCGGUGCCAUCCCAGUUCUAGUCUCCCUUCUCUCCUCGCACGACCCAGAUGUUCAGUAUUACUGUACUACGGCUCUCAGCAACAUUGCUGUGGACGCAACGAACCGAAAGAAACUCGCCCAAACGGAACCCCGCCUUGUUCACUCGCUCGUACAUCUCAUGGACUCGUCAAGCGCCAAGGUCCAAUGCCAGGCCGCGCUAGCUCUUCGAAAUUUGGCUUCUGAUGAAAAAUACCAACUAGAGAUUGUCAGAUCUAAGGGCCUUCCUCCACUUCUAAAACUCCUACAAGCAUCGCUCCUCCCGCUCGUUCUAUCUGCCGUCGCCUGCAUCCGCAACAUCUCCAUUCAUCCUCUCAACGAAUCCCCCAUUAUUGAUGCUGGAUUCUUGAAGCCAUUGGUCGAACUCCUAGGGACCACCGAGAAUGAGGAAAUCCAGUGUCAUGCAAUUAGUACUCUCCGCAAUCUAGCAGCUAGCUCUGAUAGGAACAAGCAGCUGGUUCUCGAAGCCGGAGCUGUCCAAAAAUGCAAAGACCUGGUUCUCCACGUCCCUCUCAGUGUUCAGUCGGAAAUGACUGCCGCAGUCGCGGUGCUUGCGCUAAGCGACGAACUCAAACCGCAUCUUCUGAAUCUCGGCGUUUUUGACGUAUUAAUUCCACUAACGGAUUCCGAGAGCAUCGAGGUUCAGGGUAAUAGCGCCGCCGCGUUGGGUAAUCUAUCUUCAAAAGUUGGCGACUACAAAAUGUUCGUGCAGGAUUGGACUGAGCCAUCUGGCGGCAUCCACGGUUAUCUCAAACGGUUCCUCGCUAGUGGUGACGCCACCUUCCAACAUAUUGCUAUUUGGACUCUUGUUCAACUCCUCGAAUCUGAAGACCAACAACUUAAGAAAUUGAUCCUUCAAUCUAAAGAAAUCGUGUCAACCAUCCGAAGUAUCGCUGAGAAAAACAUCGAGUCUGAUGACGAAAGCGAAGACGGUGAAGCAGAGGUUGUUCAGUUGGCCAGGCGAGCAUCCGAUCUGUUAACCCAAUCCGGCACCGAGCAAAACCAAAAGGAUGCAUUGGCAAAACACCCGUAG